AUGAGCUUUCACGGCCGAGAGGUUUAGAGGUGGAUUGAGACUUGAGAGUAGAGAUAAGGGCAGUGCUUUUGAGGUGAAGCCAUGGUCUCCAUCGCCACAAUCCCUGCUUUUCCCUGCAACAACACCCGUUCAUUCCCUCGCCAUUUCCUCACUCGCCGUUCCUUCUCUCGCCAUAUCCUCACUCGCCGUUCCACACCACCCUCAUUCAGUGCUGGAACAUGGAGGAGCACAGCCAUCACUUCCAAACUCAAAGAAAAGACUGCUUUGGAGUACAGGAAACUUGGGGACUCUGAUCUUAAUAUCAGCGAGAUUACUCUUGGAACGAUGACAUUUGGGGAACAGAAUACUGAGAAUGAGGCUCAUGAGAUACUCAGUUACGCGUUUGAGCAUGGGAUUAAUGCUCUGGACACUGCAGAAGCUUAUCCAAUUCCAAUGAAAAAGGAGACACAAGGGAAAACCGAUCUGUACAUCGCCAGUUGGCUGAAAUCUCAACCCCGUGAUAAGGUUAUUUUGGCAACAAAAGUAUGUGGUUAUUCAGAGCGAUCAAGUUACUUGCGUGACAAUGCAAAGGUUUUGCGUGUUGAUGCCGCUAAUAUUAGAGAAAGUGUGGAGAAGAGUCUUAAGCGCCUCAACACUGAUUAUAUUGAUCUAUUGCAAAUUCAUUGGCCAGACCGUUAUGUGGCAUUGUUUGGCGAGUUUUCUUAUGAUCCUUCAAAAUGGAGACCAAGCAUACCAUUUGUAGAGCAACUCAAGGCCUUUCAGGAACUUAUUGAUGAAGGAAAGGUACGAUAUAUUGGUGUUUCUAAUGAAACUUCAUAUGGAGUGAUGGAAUUUGUUCAUGCAGCAAAAGUUGAAGGACUUCCAAAAAUCGUCAGUAUCCAGAACAGCUACAGUUUGCUAGUUAGAUGUCGUUUCGAAAUUGAUCUUGUUGAAGUCUGCCACCCUAACAAUUACAACAUUGGCUUACUUGCUUAUUCCCCACUUGGUGGUGGAUCAUUGUCUGGCAAGUAUUUAGAUAUUAAUUCUGAAGCUGCAAAAAGAGGAAGGCUCAACCUCUUUCCUGGCUACAUGGAAAGAUAUAACAGAUCUAUUGCCAAGGAAGCAACAAUAGAAUAUACGAAGGUGGCCAAGAAACAUGGGCUGACUCUAGUUCAGCUUGCCCUGGGAUUUGCGCGAGACCGUCCAUUUAUGGCAAGUUCGAUUGUUGGUGCAACUUCUGUCGACCAACUAAAAGAAGAUAUCGAUGCCUUUGUGACAACAGAACGGCCUCUGCCAGCAGAAGUGAUGGCGGAUAUAGAGAGUACUUUCAAGAGAUACAAAGAUCCAGCAAUCCUUUGAAGACUGAAAUUUACACGUCUCACUAUUUUAUUUCUUUUGCCCAAUUCUUUUAGGUGUGGGUAAUGUAAUUGCUGCAUCUUACACCUGAACAGAGUUGAAGCUUAACAGAACAAAACCCAUUGUGCACUAUGGUUACAUGUUAUAUAAGCCCUCCCUCAAGUAUCAUGAAGGAAAUAGAUGAGGCCAAUAUAUCUACUCCUUGUGAAAA